AUGGCGCCGCAACUAUGGCGGUUGCUCGCCUUCUUUCUGGCGGCUGCCACACUCACCGUAGCUAAGUAUGCAGAACUAGAGUCAUGGAAAGGAGCCGGGAGACCAGUAACAUCAGCACAGGAAGCUGAAGACGAACGUCAUGACGCGGAACUCCUCGCCGCCGUUCGAACCUCCAUGAAGCAAUGGGAAAUCAAAAGAUCACGCACAAGGAUCAAGCGAUCGCAAGGGAGUGUUUGCUAUGGAGAGUUCGGUUGCUUUGAAGAUACUGGUCCCUUUGCAUAUUUAGAGACGUUGCCGAGUCCACCGUUAGAAGUCGGAACGCAUUUUCUGCUCUACUCAACAACUAACAGAGGAGAUCAGCCGUUGAUCGCGGUUCCUGCAAGCAAUAUGUCGGCGGCAUGGAGUUGGGCGGCGCGUGCAUUCGACACCGCGCGCCCGACCCGCGUCAUCGUCCACGGCUUCGGUUCCAACUGCGAUAACGUAUGGGUGUAUGAGAUGCGCUCCGCUUUAAUGGCUGUAGAAGAGUGCAAUGUGAUAUGUGUUGACUGGGAAGGCGGAGCUACAAUGCCAAAUUACCUUCGAGCUGCAGCUAAUACAAGACUUGUCGGCAAGCAGUUGGCAAUGCUAUUGCGAGGCUUAUCUCAAAAUAUCGACUUGCGCUUCGAGGAUAUUCACCUUAUUGGAUUUAGUUUGGGUGCUCAUGUUGCUGGUUUUGCCGGAUCAGAAAUAAGAAACAUCAGUCGCAUAACAGGCUUAGACCCAGCUGGACCGUUAUUCGAAUUCCAAGAUCCCAGAGCUCGUCUAGAUAAGACGGACGCCAAGUUUGUGGACGUGAUUCAUUCUAAUGGAGAGACUUUAAUCCUCGGCGGACUGGGCGCCGCACAGCCACUCGGCCAUGUCGACUUCUAUCCCAAUGGGGGGCGCGUACAACAUGGCUGCUCUAAUUUGUUCGUAGGUGCAGUAUCUGACCUGGUACUGCCUUGGGCCAGUGCAUCAGUCGAGGGCCGCUCGCUGUGUAACCACCGCCGAGCGUACAAGUUCUUUACCGACUCUGUUUCACCAAAAUGUCAUUUUCCUGCGUUUCCUUGCUCCGAUUAUGAUACAUUUUUGGAGGGCCGUUGUUUCCCUUGCGAUGGAGAGCAUCGUUGCGGCAAUAUGGGAUAUUACGCAGACCGCUCUCUUGGUCGAGGUCAGCUGUACCUUCUUACUCGAGAAGAAGAGCCUUUUUGCGCUCAUCAGUAUCACGUGGCCUUGUGGGCAGCAAGUGAAGCAGGCGAGAAACAGAACUAUGGGCGAGUAACACUCACUCUUCACGGCGAUUCAGGCCUAAACGAAUCAUUUGCUAUGACAAAGCGGCCGGAGCCGGCGCCGGGCCUGAGGUUCGGGCGAGUGCUGGUGCCGCACCCCGCGCUCGGCGUGCCGCUGCACGCGUCGCUGCACUACGCGGCUUACAACGGCUGGCUCAGUGCCGGCGCACGCACCGUGCUACUGCACAAACUGCUCAUCACCGACAGUUUCGGCAAGACUUCAUCGUUCUGCAAAGUAAUAAGGUUAACAUCGGAUGAGUCUGUUCAAUUACCGCUAAAUCCAGGCGAUUGUCAAAUUAGAGGGACGGAAGACCCCUCGAAUCUUACGACCGGUGAAAUAGAAACAAGCGUAAAAAAUGUUACUAAUACACCUGGUGAAGAUCUUCUUGACAAUGAACUUCCUGAAGAAAGCCCACAAAGACCAUUUGCACUAGUAGACUCUUAUGAAUGGGAAGACACACCGGACGCCGGCCGUGCUUUUGGUAUGACUAAUACUAAAACAGCACCUAGUGGGCUUGUGGAAAUAGCUGAACCAGUAUUAAGACCCAGACUGCGCAAAACACCAAGGCAAAGAGUGGAUUCACCAGAUACACACGAAAUAUCAGAACCCAUUCUACGUGCAACUCAUGCACCCCGAAGCACAACACAACCCCCAUCUCGCAAGCCUAAGAACUAUGACGUCUCUACAACACCAAAUGAUGUACCUUAUGAUGAACGAGCAGAAAAAGAAACUACUAGUUUUGCCGUUCAAUAUCUGCCAGCACGACUCGCGUCAUUCAUCUCUAGAGCUGAACGUUACGCUCGAGAUACGCUAUUGCCGUUAGUUUCAGCCUACGCUCCCCGUUUGCCACUGUUUGGUUCACGUGAAGUCCCAAAAACAACAGCAAGAUUUAUACCUACAGAAGAAGUAAACUUAACUGACUCUAUGCCCAUACCCACACCUACAUUAGAAAUGAAGAUAGAAUCUCUUCGCAUAAUGGGUCCCCCGGGUGAAAAACGUGAAUUCGAAACUCCAGAAGACCCCGACAUACCAGUAGUAAUUUCCACAACGACUACCUCUUCUACUACUACACCGACAACAACGACAACGACAGGAGCACUGCGUGCCGCGCCAGUGGAAAUGUUGAAAGUUGUCGAAGGACCCGCUGCCUCAACUAGUACGGCCCUUCCACCAAUCGCUUUGCGCAGUGAAGGCGAAAAAUUAUUAAUCGUCUAUCCAAUCAAUGCGAGGGACGAAAGAAAGAUAAAGUCUCAUUCGUUUCCCGAGGAAAUGCAGUUUGAAGCACUGUACAGACACACGGCAGAACCCAAGGUGGUAAGAGUUGACUUACCCACAUUUACACCACCAGUUUCGACUGAAAAUCCACUACAAUCGAGUCCCUCGACUCCUGGUGCUAAAAUGUCGAAUACUCAAUACGUUCCAGUACCAUAUGUUAAAAGCCAUGGACAAGAUUCUAAUAUCGAAGACAAAUCAUGAUCUGACUUAAUAAUAUCUUAUGUAAAUAACACAUUUUAAAUAUAGGCCGCAUAGCUGGAUUAGUUAUUAUUAGCAAUGUAUUCGUUUAUCUUGUACAUUCGUACUUAACCUUUUGUGAAAUUACAUUGGACCUUUAUUUAAAACGAAACCAGCUGAAUACAAUAAUAAUAAAUGUUGUGUACAUAUAAUUUUAGUGUUAGGUUUGAAAUAAGAACAAAUUCUUGUUUAAUAAAAAUUUAAUAUUUAUUAAA